AUGAGGCUCAUUGCGGUUUCAUUAAUCGCCAUGGCUUAUGCUUGCUAUUACAAGCAAAAUACUUCGAAUUCAAGCACUGGAGAGCAAGAGAGACCUAGAAAGAAGGAAGCGUUGGAGCCACUAGACAUGGAACCAAAGAUCGUUGUCAUAAUGGCCGGUAACGAAAACCCUACCUUCUUUGCCAAGCCAAGCAAGAUCCAUGCAUGA